AUGGUUUUAAGAUUCACUAAUUUAUUGAACCUAACAAACCGUUAUUAUAUUUCCACGUCUUCAAGUGGGAACAGUGAGAAGAUUGGCAACCAUGGUUUACCUGGAACCAGUAACAUUAACCAGCCAGACCUUUUCGUGGCUCCGUUAAACAGUGAGCCCUAUCUCGGUCCAUCAAACUCUACUCCUUCCAUAUCAACCAACAAAUCUAAGGGCAAUGCGGAAAAAUCAGAGCCUGCCAUGACAUUUCUGCCUAAUCAUUCAAGUCAAGAAAUUAAAGACCUUGCUGCUCAAACCAAUAAUGGAGUUGUCCUCACGGGAAGUGCGGCUAUGGGGCCGAUUGGACCGACCAUUGGUCGGAUGGAUAUUUUCGAAUCUGAUGACUCCUACUUUUUCCGUGUUUCGCUACCUGGUGUUUCAAGAGAGGAAAAUGAAUUCAAAUGCGACAUUGGGGAUGAUGGGUUGAUUGUGAUAAAAGGAACAACAACAACGGGAGAGGAGACAGUGUGUAGGCACUCACAGGUCUUCAAGAUGCUAACACAGAACUUGGGCCCUCCAGGUCCUUUCACCAUCUCAUUCAAGCUUCCGGGUCCUGUCAACAACGAGGAAUUUAGUGGUAAACUUGAGUUCGGUGUUCUUGAGGGCAAAGUGAAGAAGGUUCGUAAGAAUUCUGAACCUAAGGUCUAA